AUGGUUGCUUCCUUCAACGAUAAGAAACGAAUCAUCGUUCCAGAUGACAUUUCUCAAUUCGAUAUUCAUUUCGAAGCCAUUUUCGAUCAUGCAGAAACUUUUGCUUGUUUCACAAAUUAUCUUUCGAAUCAAUGUUUAAAUAGUGAAUGCAGUGAUUUCCUACAGAGUGUGAAUGAAUUUCGAAAGAUUAAACAUGAACGAAAACGAUUACAAAUGGCUACGAAAAUGUACGAAAAGUUUAUGGCAGAUGCUUCGAAUUCACAACUCAAUUUACGAAAUGAUUUUAAAAUGAGAAUAUAUAAGGUGGUCUACCCGAAUAGUCAGCAAAUGGCUCCUUCGAACAGUGGUGCCUCAUUGGACCAGUUUUCAGUGAAUGAGCAAAUCCACAGUGACGUUCAACUGCCAACUGUCAAAACGGCAAACAAAAAUACUCAAUCUUCGCGGAGUAACAGCAGUGGCAGUGGAGCAGGUGUUGGAAGAAAUAGUUUGGAUUCAACGAGUAGUAGUAGUUCGAACUCUUUGACGAAUGGUUCCGCAACAGCAACUUCACUCGAAGCAAAUUCAUCUCCAAUUCCGUUGCAUGGUUCAACUGUCACUUGUCCAAAAAAUUUAUUUGAUGAAGUGGAAUCCUUAGUAUUGCUUCAAUUGAAAGAAAAUCAUUUUGCAGCCUUCCUUUCCAGUGAACAUUUCAAAAACUUUCUCAAAAAACAACCUCUUCAACUCCUCUACGAAAUUGGAAGUUUGAAAAGUGACAGUUUGCUUCAAUUUGUCGAAUCUCUCUCUGAAACCAUGAAAUGCGAAAAUUUUACACUCCACGACUUUCGUUUCAUUAAGAAACAAUUCUCAAAUUACGAGCCUGACGAAUGGGAAAUCAUUGGCAGCAGUCAACAUCACAAAUGUUACAUGUCAAAACGAACCUACGAUAUGGGAGAGAGUGUUGGAUUAAGUUUUUUCAAAUUCGAUGUGACUUUCCCAUUCAGUGCCAAACAAGUCAUGAAUACUUUCUUUGAACAGGAAUAUCGAUAUGAAUACGAUGGAGAAUUGAAUCGAAUUGAACAAUUAGCGUAUUAUGAAAAGAAAAUUUCCAAUAAUAAUAAUAAUCAUUGGAAUUCAACAACAAAUUCGGUGAGUCCUCAGCAACAACCUCAACAAUCUCAACAUUCAUCCACUCCUUCUUCACCUACAACAAGUAAUUCUCCAUCCUUAUUGUCGAGUCCUUCUCAUACAUUGAAUCAUCCAUCGACCUCUACCACAAGCACAACCACGACAAGCACAACAAGUCAUGUAAAUGCAACUUCCAUUCUAUUGGCAACUUCUCUGACUCAGGAAAUUUAUAAAUUGGUGUGGCCCUUCAGUCCUCGAGAUUUUAUUGUAUCGUCGAGUGGAUUGUAUGAUCUCGGAACGAAAACGUAUCUGAUGGGAAAGAAGAGUUGUUUAUCGGAGAAGGCGAAAAAACCUGAAAAGAAUGUAGUGCGAGCGUUUUCAUUUGGUGGAUGGGCCUUUAAGGAAAUUGAUGACAAGACCACACAAUAUUCUCAAAUGUUUUAUAUGGAUUUGAAAGGAAAUAUUCCCAAGCCCAUUAUCAAGUCUAUAUUGAAAGAUCGAGCCAAACACUUUAUGAAAGUGGGAACCAAGUUUUUAAAGCUCAAUGAGAAGAGAGGUUUUAUUUGUAAUCAAGAUAAUUUUAUGUGGAAAACCAUUGAAGAGAAUGGAGCAAUGUAUUUGUAA